UCCUAUUUAGGUUUUCUUUCAUUCAACAAACUUCAGCAGCAGCCAAAACAAAAAAAAAAUCAGCAAUGGGAAGAAGACCUGCUAGGUGUUAUCGUCAGAUUAAGAACAAGCCAUAUCCUAAGUCGCGAUACUGUCGUGGUGUUCCCGAUCCAAAAAUUAGGAUCUAUGAUGUUGGCAUGAAGAAGAAGGGAGUUGAUGAGUUCCCUUUCUGUGUUCAUUUGGUCAGUUGGGAGAAGGAGAAUGUGUCAAGUGAGGCACUUGAAGCUGCACGUAUUGCAUGUAACAAGUACAUGACGAAGUUUGCGGGAAAAGAUGCUUUCCAUUUGAGGGUAAGAGUUCAUCCUUUCCAUGUGUUGCGUAUCAACAAGAUGUUGUCGUGUGCUGGGGCUGAUAGGCUCCAAACUGGUAUGAGGGGUGCUUUUGGCAAACCCCAAGGUGUGUGUGCUCGUGUUAGCAUUGGUCAAGUCCUCCUUUCUGUUCGUUGCAAGGAUACCAACAGCCCACAUGCACAAGAGGCUCUACGUCGUGCUAAGUUCAAGUUCCCUGGUCGUCAAAAGAUCAUUGUCUCAAGGAAAUGGGGAUUCACCAAGUUUAGCCGAACAGAUUAUGUGCAAUGGAAAUCUGAGAACCGUAUCAUGAAUGACGGAGUUAAUGCUAAGCUUCUUGGAUGCCAUGGACCCCUUGCCAAUCGUCAGCCUGGAAGAGCUUUCUUGGAUGCUGUUGCUUAAUUGCAGUUUUUCAUUGAAGACGUAUUUGGGCUACACUCUUUUUAGUAUUUCUGAACUCAGUUUUGUUGAUGUUGGAGAUUCAUUGCUGUCUUGUAUGUUCACUACAUUUGACGGUUAUUCCUUUAUGUUUGGGUACCGCAAUGAAAGACUCGUUUGUUAUUAGACUUCA